AUGCCAGAGGAGGAAGAACGUUGUAUUUGUCAAAUUUGCGAAUGCGGGGUGCGAAAAAUUCGUCCAGCAGAAGCACUGAUUAAUUCUGGAGAAUUUAAUGGUGAAACUACGAACAAAGCGGAUUUUUAUGAGAAACAUGCUGCCAAACAAGUAGCGUUUCGUCCAACCGAAACAACAAUCGGUGGCGGAGAAUUCUUAGGAAACACGACAAAUAAGACGGAUUUCGAUUUAAAAAAGAGCGAACGGCAGACACCAUUCCGGCCAGCAGAAACAGCUAUAGGAGGUGGAGAAUUCACCGGAAGCACUACAACCAAAACAGACUUCAACAUGAAAAGGGCUGAACGACCUACAGCGUUUCGACCAGCUGAAACAGCUAUCGGUGGAGGUGAAUUUUCCGAAAGCACAACAAGUAAAGUGGACUUCGAUAGGAAGGAGGCGGAACGCCAAAAAGCUUUCCGUCCACCUGUUUCCAAAAUUUCUUCGGGAGACUUCGAUGGGAUUACAACCACUAAGGCCGAUUUCGAUCGAAAACAGGGCGAGCGAAUCAAAGCAUACCGUCCUCCCGUGACAAGUCUUGCCAGCGGUGAUUUCUCCGGGACCACCACUAAUCGGGCAGAUUUUGUUGGAAAGAUGCAGCCAAAGAUGGACGAAUCUGCGUUGGACGAUUUAGAGAACAGUUUUAAAAGACUACUCGAUGAAUCUGAUGAAGAAACUACAGAAAAUGGUUCUAUCUUUAAUGAUGCGUUAGUGCUGCUGCUUGCGGAUAAGGAGUUAAAUUCGAGAAGCAAUGAGAGAUUGUCGGUGUCAGAUGGAGUAAGAGCCAUUCGACCGAAAAGUAAUUCGUUGGAACGAGGUCUACCAUUUGAAGGACAUUCUACAUAUCAGGAUGGAUUCUUUUUGAAGGAAGCGGUUCGUCAGCGAUCCAUGCGACCUACUGAGACCAACUACUUAUCAAGCAGUGCGUUUGUUGGUGACACUACGCAGAAAUCUGACUUCACCGCAAAGAAGGUCGACAUAUGUCCGGCGGAGAAAGUGCUUUCUAGGAGGGACAAGUCGUAUGAGUUUUCUGCAAAACGCAACGGUCAUGAUUUUUAUCAUCAUCGGAUCACACAUUCGAAUAGGGUUCAUAGUUCGCUUGUUCCGGUAGCAUAA